CCGUUGUUGUUCCAAUCUCAUCGAGAGUUUUGAGGCGGGCUAGCUAGCGUACCGCAGGCAUGGGCAACAUCUUUGGUGGUCGGCCGCUGACUGCACCAGAGCUCCCUCCGGAACGAAAGCCGUCGGCGGGUGAAAUACUACCGCUCCCACCGCCUAGGUGUGGGAAGCUCAUUACGAUUCUGAGUAUCGAUGGUGGCGGGAUACGCGGGCUGAUCCCCGCGGUCGUCCUUACCGGCCUCGAGGAAGAGCUCCAACUUGAGGAGGGGCGCAAUCGAGGGAAGAAGGAUAGGGACCAUGAUUACCAGAUAGCAGACUACUUCGAUGUGAUUGCGGGCACGAGCACGGGCGGCCUUAUCGCAGCAAACAAUGUCCACGGACGGCCAACAUUCACCGCCGAGCAAAUCGAGGAGUUCUACGUGCUGAACGGGCCUCUGAUCUUCCCUCCAAAGUGGAAGUGGUUGUCUUGGUGGCCCCUGGGCCUGGUGCGUGCGUUGUGGGGGCCAAGGUACGAUGGCAAGUUCCUGCGCAAGGCGAUCGAGGCAGUCACGCGCGGAAAGCGCAUCAACGAAACCUUGAGUAAGUUAGUGGUGCCUACGUUCGACGUGCAUAGCCUGAACCCUCGCACCUUCACCUCAUACAACGAGGACCCAAAUGAGGAGAAAGCGCUCCUGUCGGACGUCUGCAUCGGCACGUCAGCCGCGCCGACCUUCUUCCCUGCGCACCACUUUGAAUGCCCACGCCUCGACGACAAGCCGCCAUCACAAUACCACCUCAUUGACGGCGGUGUGGUCGCCAACAACCCAACCAUGACUGCCAUAACGAGCGUUACAAGGCAGCAACUGCACGGGAAUGAUGACUUCCACAUCGAACCCGUGGAUUACAAGAAAUACCUCGUCAUCUCCGUCGGGACCGGGGUUGAAGUGAAGGAAAAGGGGACAUACACAGCCAAAGAAUGUGCCAAGUGGGGUGCCUUAAAAUGGGUGCGCAACAGGGGCGACAACCCGAUCGUCAACAUCUUCUCCCAAGCCAGCGCCUUCCUGGUCGACUGGCAGGUCCGCUUGCUCUUACGCAAGCCCCCAAAGCAGGAGCAGAACUACCUCCGCAUCCAGGCUCAGCCUCCGUUGUUCGUUGAGGACGUGCUGAAAAUGGACAACGCCGAUCCUACCAACAUGGGUAAACUCGUCACCAUCGGCAAGCAGCUGCUGGGUGAAAAUGUGGCUACGAUGCACUUAACCAUGGGGACGUACCUGCCCGACCCAAACGGGGGCACAAACAGAGAAGCGCUCACGCGCUUCGCCAAGUUGCUCGUCAAGGAGCGCAACCUGCGCCUUGGGGGAAAAAAAGAAGACAAGGUGGAUACUCUACGGUCUGACCCAUCAACGUCUACACCGCCAGUUACAAAUGACACGCAAAGUGCAGACCAAUCUUCAGAGGCUCCCAAGGAGAUAGAGUUUGAAACGGAUACUCUACUUUUUAUGGACAGAGUCUUGGGACGAGGGCAAUGAGUAUGGCAUUCUGGAUUUAUUUCUGUAUAAUUACUACUUUGCUACUCAUUGCGCCAUGCAGCGUGUGCGUGUACACGAAUUGGCUGCUUUCAUUUCUUUCUUUCCGUGUGGUGUGCCAGAAGCGUGCUGCCAGAUUUAUCACUUCGUGGGAAAGCACGAGCUCAAAGUGAUUACGCAUGGCCGCAUUGCAAUGGAGGAGGACCGAGUAGCUGUGGGAUGGCACAGCCGGUAACCAGCUCAGUCCAACGCCCAAAUUUGAAUUUGUGUCUCUCUUUCCAUUUGUAUCAGAUCCGACGGCUUGCUAUAUGAGUCCUGUCGAUAAUUUAAAAGAACAGAAAAACAAA